UACGUUAACUUGUCGGGACACAAAACAAAACAGCACAGUCUUAUUUGAGAAAACAAAUUGAACAGUUCUUGUCGUGAACUGGUUACUGAUAUAUUUGCGUUGUCACUUUUUGAUUUAGGCGUCCUCAAGGUGACUGCGAGUCGAUCCUCCUGGCAGCAAUAACGCCAACCCUCAUCACAAAUGGCUCAACAAGCAGUUGAAAAGCUUCCUGAUCCUCCUGAAGAACUUUUACUACCAGAUGGUUGGAAGCAUACGCUGCCAAAAGAGCAACAUCUCUGGGUCAGUAAGGCUCUCUUUACCAAAGAUGCAUCUGGGAAGUUGACGCUGACUGAACCUCUGCAGCUGUGGUGGUCACCUCCUGGACCCCAGUUGUUGUAUUCAAAGCCUCCUCCUUUUCCUGACCCGUUCUUUCAUAGCAGGCUGUUCCUUUGGUUGCCCUGUCGCAUGUGGGCAUACAGGCUAGUGUGCACGAAGCCCAACUGCCGUCGUCUCGGCAAUCAUUUGAGGCCUUGUGGGUUGUACAACACCGUCCGGAGGGUUUUGGACAUGAGAGGGUGGUAUUUCAUUGUCACAGAGUACCUGGAGUGCUGUUCUUGCAAGAAGAAGAUGGCAGGCUGGUCGCAAGACAUUCUGGAUCAAUUGGAUCUCAUCCAUCGUGAGAAAUUCCCAGCAGUCCUGACCUACAGGCUAUCUUGUGAUAAAGAGUUUGUUAGACUGAUGCAGUCUCAGGCACCAGGGAAGAGUGCAACUGCGAUGUACCGGCACCUUUGUGUGCGGCAUAAGGAGCAGUGGAUGGCUCAGGCCACAGAGUACCUCUCUGUAUUGAACAAGUUUCAAGAUCUCAGCGCAGUUACUGUCAGGGUGCCACAGAUGAUUCCAGUGCCUUCUCCAUCCUUGCUGUUGACGGUAUAUGCAAAGGAUGCACUGACACGGCUCGGAGAGAUGAAGGCCAGGGUCACUUCCAUCUACGGCUCCAUCCUGAAGGUGGCCUCCACCAAGAAGGUCACUAAGAAACAGAAUUCAGCUGUGUGGGCCACAAAUGUAGGAAAUGAGAAUGGGCAGGUCCUAAUGUGUGUCCUGACCCAAACAGAGGGAGAGGGCCUGCUUCCCAUGUGCUCCGGCUUGAUGGAACGUUACCGGCGAGCCGGACAACCUCCUCCGCAGAUUCUGUACGUGGGCCAGGACUGUUGUUCCACUACGGGCAAGAGCAAAAUGGAAGCCAUGUUCCACGAGUGGGACCAGCUGGUUGUCAGGCUGGACGCAUGGCAGUUUAUGCAACGGUUCGCAGCAGGUGUCACUUCAGAAAGCCACCCGCUGUACGGCCCCUUCAUGGGACGUCUCUUCUCCUGUAUAUUUGAGUGGGAUGCUGGAGAUUUAAAAACACUGCAAGAAGCCAAGCAACAUGAGCUGCAACAAUCUAAAGAUGCCAAAGUAAUCGGGAAUCUUACUGCCAAAGAGUUACUAAGCCACUGCCGCCACCAGACACGUGAGGCUCAGGUGACCAAGCAGCUCAUUGAACAGUUGUUGAAAGACUUCAUGGGUGCUACAGACUUCAUGGGCAACAAACUGGUGGACCAAGAGAGGAUGGAAGCGAUCUGGCGAGCCCAACAAUGCCAUCUUCUGUGUAUUCAGGACCCUCCAGGCGUACAGCUUUACAGGAAGGUCAGAGAGGUGACCAGAGGAGGGCUCUUUCUGCCACUGUACCACUGUGCACGUGGUGUAGGAUCCCUUGAAUCAUUCCAUCAGCAUCUGAACCACUUCAUUCCAGGUACAAGUACAAAUGACCUGUACUUCCAUGUUUAUCUGAUAGAAGGGGUAGUUCAGUGGAACAAGGCCCGAUCUGUUGCUGUCAAUGAAGGCGGUCCGCUGCAGCAAUAUGCAAACCGUCUGAGCCAGAAGUUUCUAGGCUACAAACUGGUUGAGGAUCACAGUAGCCCAGGAGAGUACACUGGUGAGCUCAUAGGGGUGGAGUAUCUUUACUCUCAAACCAACAGAGUGUUGGAAUUGGACGACAUUAUGGAUCCUGAUGCACCUGAUGGAAGUGAUGAUCAGCUGGAGGUUGACCUGGAAUAUGAGGAUUCAGGCUUUGAUAACCUUAAGUCACCAGAGUUCUUGGAGUUCAGCCUCAAACCAUUUCAGAAUCAGGCAGUGCUUCUGCACUCACUUUCCUCUGGCCUCUCAACAUCCCAGCCGGAUCCAAUAGUGUCUUCCACCUCUGGGCCCAUAAAGGAUGAGCCUUACGCUGCAGACCAGUUCACACCUCAGGGCAUCUCACAGGAGGAUGAUAAUGAAAAGUGCAUGGGACCUGAUGGUGUUCCUGGGUAUGACCAUGUUAUUAACCUGGCCAACAGUCUGGUUGAGCUUAGAAAUCAUGGAUUUGUCACACAGCAAAAGGUGGACGAGAUUGUCACUCUGUGGGAUAAGCUAUCAGAGCAUGACAAGGGUGGUGUCGUCCACCCGGCUCAGCCCAAAAACAAACUGUGCUUUAACAACAGCCAUACUGAUACCUUUGUGACUCUGUGCAUAGAUGGUCUGAAGAGCCGUCUUGUUGCUGCCAUUUGCCUGGCUCUCAGCCACAUUCACCCUGCCGGUCAGACCAUCGCCGGUGUCAGGGUGAACAGGUGGGCUGCCAUCCUCCGAGACUACAACAUGAUUAGAGACAUCGUUCAGGACAGCACUGCCAUCUCAACCCGGACACGGAUACAGAUACAGCUGCUUGAGAUAAACCAGAGGACAUUGUGCCAGUGGUACAAUGCCAGGAAACAGAGGCAAGAACAGUUGGUUUUGCACCAGUGCAUUGACCACAUGAAGGCUUCUGAACCCCUACUUCCUGUGCCGCACAACGUUCCAGAGCCCCUUCAACAUGGACAUGUAGGAGAUGUAAUUAAAGUGGUAAUCGGAGGUCCCAUGCCUCCUGAUGCCCCACUCUUACGGCUACACCUAGAGCAAAGAGCUGCUGUCACCAGACUCCCUAGUCCAACGGUGCCUAGGACCACCGCUUGGCGGCGGAGGAAGGCAGAGGGCAGAGGGUUACCUCUGAAGCGGCUUUGUGAGCAGUAUUUGUGUCAAAAGUGUGGCAAACCAAAGACGAAAGAGUUUGGUCACAGCCAGUUCCGCGGAGUCCACUUUUGUGCCAAAGCCUCUGGAAAGACUGUACAGCAGUGGAUGGAGGAGAUGAGGAGGGCAAAGUGAGCCAACAUAAACAUUUUCUGGAAAAAUAAAUAAAUAAUAUAUAU